GUGUAUGGUGAGGUCAUGUGUUGAUCCUCUCAGAAAAGUGGUAAAGCCCAGCUGCCCUCAGCCUCUGUGUGGCAGAGCAGAGCAGCCCCUGCAAAGGGCAAGCUGGAUGUAGCCUGGGCUCUGGAAGAGGCACAGACCCCUUUGUGAGUAGCAGACCAGCCUGGAGGCUGGGAACGGAACACCCACGUCUGCAUGCUGAGGAAGAUGGGUGAGGCUGUGGCCAGAGUUGCGAGGAAGGUCAACGAGACGGUGGAAAGCAGCUCAGACACUCUGGACCUGGCCGACUGCAAGCUCGUUUCUUUCCCUAUCGGCAUCUACAAGGUCCUGAGGAACGUCUCCGACCAGAUCCAUCUCAUCACGCUGGCUAACAACGAACUCAAGUCCCUCACCAGCAAGUUCAUGACCACCUUCAGUCAGCUUCGAGAGCUACACCUGGAAGGCAACUACCUCUAUCGCCUCCCCAACGAGGUCAGCAGCCUGCAGCACCUCAAGACCAUCAACCUGUCCCGGAACCAGUUUCAAGACUUUCCAGAGCAGCUGACCACGUUGCCCGCGCUAGAAACCAUCAACCUGGAGGAGAAUGGGAUAGUGGAUGUUCCUGUGGAGAAGCUGGCCACCAUGCCAUCUCUGCGCGUCAUCAACCUGCGUCUCAACCCACUGAACGCCGAAGUGCGGGUCAUUGCCCCACCGCUCAUCAAGUUUGAAAUGCUUAUGUCUCCAGAGGAUGCACGGGCCCCUCCGCCUUAGGACACACUCGUUGUGCCCACCCCAGCAAGGGACAAAGGCUCCUGGCCUGCCACCCUGAGAGGAGGGAGGGCCCAUGGGAGGCCAGGCUUGGGGAGUGGGGAUGGGUGGGCCAGACAGCAUACAGUG